AUGAAUAUUCACGUAGAAGCUGUUCUUGUUUAUUAUCAAGAGCCGCUCUGCAGUUGCCGAGAAUUUUCUUUUUCUUCAAAGCAAUGGGAGAAUCUUUGUAAAGUUGAAGAUUACGCGAUUGAAGAAAAAUUUAAAAACUACUUAACGGAAUCACUUUCUGGGAUAGAAUUCAGAAGUCCAACGCUUGUCAACCUUUCGAUGUUCAGCAAUAGUGCAGUUGGAUUACGAUCGCAAUACAAAAGUUUGCAUCGUUUCAGCUUCUCGUUUAGUGUUGUUAUCAUGGAAAUGUUGAUAAGAUUGGAUACUUCAAUUGCACUUAGCAGUCAUUUUAAUGACCUGAAUUUAUUGCCAGACUAA